CUUGCAGGACAUUCAAGAGGUCAAAGUACACCUGCCUGGUCUGUUUUCUCCAGACUCCCACACUCGGUUGGAGUGGCCUCCCUCUUACCCGACAACCUAGGAGGGUUGGUGAGGAACAUGUCCUCAUCUUUCCUUUGGAGUGUGGUUAUUUUAUUGACAUUUGCAAAAUCAGAUGGUGAAACUGGACGACUUGAGUUGCAGAGCCAAACAAGGAUUACUGACCUCCAACAGCCUCGAAUGGCUACAGAGAGAGGAAAUUUAGUGUUUCUUACUGGGUCUGCUCAAAACAUUGAAUUUAAAACUGGAUCCCUGGGGAAAAUUAAAUUAAAUGAUGAAGACCUUGGCGAAUGUUUACAACAGAUCCAGAAAAACAAAGACGAUAUUGCAGAUUUAAAAAGGAGUGCAGGUGGUCUGCCUCAAAAUAUUUCUAGUCAAAUACAUCAGCUUAAUUCUAAGUUUGUGGAUCUUGAGAGAAAAGUUCAAAGCUUACAGCAGACAGUUGACAAAAAGGUUUGCAGCAGCAAUCCCUGCCAAAACGGUGGAACCUGCCUCAAUCUUCAUGAUUCCUUUUUUUGUAUCUGUCCUUCACAGUGGAAGGGUCCUCUGUGCUCAGCGGAUGUAAAUGAAUGUGAGAUCUACGCGGGAACACCCUUCGGCUGCCAGAAUGGAGCCACGUGUAUUAAUACACUAGGGAGCUACAGUUGUCUCUGCUCACCUGAGACACAUGGCCCCCAGUGUGCAUCCAAAUAUGAUGACUGUGAAGCGGGCUCCAAGGCACUCUGUGUCCACGGCAUCUGUGAGGAUCAAGUCCGCAUACAGGCUGGACAGCCCAAGUACAGCUGCAUCUGCGAUGCUGGUUGGACGUCCCCACAGAAUAGCUCGGCCUGCACACUGGACAGAGACGAGUGCAACCUCUGGCCUGCGCCUUGUUCAGAACAUGUGCAGUGUUUCAACACUCCAGGCUCUUUCUAUUGUGGGGCCUGUCCCACAGGCUGGCAAGGAAAUGGAUAUUAUUGCCAAGAUGUCAAUGAAUGUGAGACAAAUAAUGGCGGUUGUUCUGUGGCUCCACCUGUUGAGUGUGUGAAUACACCUGGGUCUUUCCACUGUCAGGCUUGUCCACCAGGGUACCAGGGCGAUGGAAGAGUGUGCACACUCAUAGACGUCUGCUCGGUCAAUAACGGAGGCUGCCACCCACAGGCGUCAUGCUCCCCAGGCCCAGGUUCCUUACCUUUCUGUACUUGUCUCCCGGGAUAUACUGGAAAUGGUUUUGGCCCAAAUGGAUGUGUGCAACUCAGUAAUAUGUGCCUGAGUCGCCCGUGUUUAAAUGGACAAUGCAUCGACACAGUGUCUGGUUAUCUUUGUAAGUGUGAAUCGGGUUGGGCUGGUAUCAACUGCACAGAAAACAUCAAUGAGUGUCUGAGCAACCCCUGUUUGAAUGGGGGAACCUGUGUUGAUGGCAUUAAUGCCUUCAGUUGUGAAUGCACACGUUUCUGGACUGGAUUUCUCUGCCAAAUUCCCCAGCAAGUCUGUGGAGGGUCCCUCUCAGGGGUGAACGGGAGCUUCAGCUAUAAGAGCCCUGAUGUUGGCUAUGUUCAUGACGUUAACUGCUUCUGGGUUGUCCGAACCGAAGAGAGAAAGGUGCUGCGUAUCACUUUCACUUUUUUCCAAUUAGAAUCAGUGAGCAACUGUCCACAUGAGUUUCUUCAGAUUCACGAUGGAGAUUCCUCUGCAGCAUUUCAGCUUGGAAGGUUCUGUGGCUCCAGCACCCCACAUGAACUCCUCAGCAGUGACAAUGCUCUCUACUUUCAUUUCUAUUCUGAACAUUUAAGAAAUGAGAGAGGCUUUACAAUAAGAUGGGAAACACAACAACCAGAAUGUGGAGGUAUACUGACUGGUACUUACGGUUCUAUUAAGUCUCCGGGAUAUCCUGGAAACUAUCCCCCAGGAAGAGAUUGUGUCUGGAGAGUUAUAACCAGUCCUGACCUUGUGAUAACAUUUGCUUUUGGGACCUUAAGUCUGGAGCACCAUGAUGAUUGCAGCAAAGAUUAUCUUGAGAUCCGAGAUGGCCCUUUGAGUCAGGAUCCUGUUCUUGGGAAAUUCUGCACCACUCUGUCUGUCCCUCCACUCCAGACGACAGGUCCCUUUGCCAGAGUUCACUUUCAUUCGGAUGACCAGAUUAAUGACCAAGGCUUCUACAUCACCUACUUAACAUCACCUUCGGAUCCACCUUGUGGAGGAAACUACACAGACCCAGAGGGUGUUCUCUCCCUUGACUUGAAUGGGCCUUUCACUCAGAACAAACAUUGCAUCUAUGUCAUACAGCAGCCCCUGGGAGAGCAAAUACAGGUCAACUUCACCCACGUGGAGCUGGAAGGCCAGAGUGGCUGUUCUCCGAGUUACAUUGAGGUUCGAGAUGAUGAUACCUUACUUGGAAAAGUUUGUGGCAAUGAAACCCUCUCUCACAUUAAGUCUAUUACUAAUAGUAUCUGGAUCAGGUUUAUAAUCGAUGCUUCUGUUGAAAAAGCUGGUUUCAGCGCUGUUUAUCAAGUGGCUUGUGGAGGUGAAUUAACUGGAGAAGGGGUCAUUCGCUCGCCCUUUUAUCCCAACGUGUACCCGGGAGAAAGGAUCUGCAGGUGGGCUAUCCACCAACCCCAAAGCCAGGUAGUUCUUCUCAACUUCACUGGCUUUGAAAUUGGAAGCUCUGCCCACUGCGAUACAGAUUAUAUUGAGAUUGGUAGCAGUUCUAUUUUGGGUUCUACUGAAAAUAAAAAAUAUUGUGGCACAGACAUACCUUCGCUUAUAACAUCUGUGUACAAUUUUCUUCAUGUAAUAUUUGUGAAAAGUUCUUCUACUGAAAAUCAUGGUUUCAUGGCUAAGUUCAGUACUAAAGAUUUGGCAUGUGGAAAAACUCUCACAGAGCCAACAGGAAUUAUUCAAAGUCCUGGUCAUCCAAAUAUCUACCCCCAUGGUAUCAACUGUACCUGGUAUAUAUCAGUCCAACCUGGCUUCCUGAUAAAUUUGAUAUUCAGGAGAUUUCAUCUGGAGUUUCAUUACAAUUGCACAAGUGACUAUCUGGAAGUUUAUGACACUGGUUCUGGGACAUCUCUUGGGAGAUAUUGUGGAAAAUCAGUCCCACCCUCUCUUAUCAGCAGUAACAGCUCAUUAACGCUUGUGUUUGUGGCUGACUCUGACCUUGCUUAUGAAGGCUUUUUAAUAGAAUAUGAAUCAACUAAUGCAUCAGCAGUAUGCUUGAAAGACUAUACAGAAGAAUCUGGUACAUUUACUUCUCCAAACUUCCCCAAUAAUUACCCCAACAACUGGCAGUGCAUUUAUAGGAUCACAGUGGGAACCAGCCAACAGAUUGCAUUGCAUUUCACGAACUUCUCCUUGGAGGAGAACUAUGGUGCAGAAUGUCUAGGAGAUUUUGUGGAAAUUAAAGAUGGAGGCUAUGAAACAUCACCACUCCUGGGAAAAUACUGUGGCUCAACUACACCUCCAAGAAUCAUCUCUCACAGUAAUAAAUUAUGGUUGCAAUUUAAGAGUGACAUCGUUGUCUCAAGUUCUGGAUUCUCAGCUUACUGGGAUGGAUCAUUAACAGGUUGUGGGGGCAAUCUCACCACUCCCACUGGCACCUUCACAUCUCCCAACUACCCGAUGCCCUAUUACCACAACUCCGAAUGCUACUGGUGGCUGAAAGCCAGCCAGGGCAGCCCAUUUGAACUGGAAUUUGAAGAGUUUCAUUUGGAGCAUCAUCCAAACUGCACUCUAGAUUAUUUGGCCGUAUAUGAUGGUCCAAGUACCAGCUCUCACCUGAUAACUCAGCUUUGCGGGAAUGAGAAACCGCCUCCAAUUCGUUCUAGUGGAGACAGCAUGUUUUUAAAACUGAGGACAGAUGAACACCAACAAGGAGGUGGCUUCCUGGCCAAAUACCACCAGACCUGUGAGAACGUGAUGAUUGUGAAUCGAACCUAUGGCAUCCUAGAGAGUAUACAUUAUCCAAAUCCCUAUUCUGACAAUCAGCGUUGCAACUGGACCAUCCAAGCAACAACUGGCAACACUGUGAAUUACACAUUUUUAGAAUUUGAAUUGGAAAAUCACCUAAACUGCUCCCAUGACUAUUUAGAGCUCUAUGACGGCUCGCGGAGGAUAGGACGCUAUUGUGGAGCAGAUAUGCCACCUUCAGGGAGCACCACGGGCUCCGUUCUUCAAGUGCUGUUCCACACCGAUGGGGUUGGUAAUAAGGAGAAAGGAUUCCAGAUGCAGUGGUUCGUUCACGGUUGUGGUGCGGAGUUGUCUGGGGCCAUGGGCUCCUUCAGCAGCCCCGGAUACCCGAACACGUACCCCCCCAGCAAGGAGUGUAUAUGGUACAUUCACACUGCUCCUGGGAGUAGCAUUCAGCUCACCAUCCACGACUUUGAUGUGGAGUAUCAUGAAAGCUGCGGGUUUGACGUCCUGGAGAUCUAUGGAGGCCCCGAUUUCCACUCUCCCAGAAUAGCCCAGCUGUGUACCCGGAGGUCACCUGAGAAUCCCAUGCAGGUCUCCAGCACAGGACAUGAGCUCGCCAUCCGAUUUAAGACUGACAGCGUGAUCAGUGGGAGAGGCUUCAAUGUCUCAUGGCAAGCUGUCCCUGGAGGUUGUGGUGGGAUUUUCCAGGCUCCCAGUGGAGAGAUUCAUUCUCCAAAUUACCCCAGUCCUUAUAGAAGUAACACUGACUGUUCCUGGGUCAUUCGAGCGGAAAGAAAUCACCGUGUUCUCUUGAACUUCACUGACUUUGAUCUUGAACCUCAGGACUCUUGUAUUAUAGCAUAUGAUGGCUUAAGCUCCGCAACUACCCGCCUUGCCCGUGCUUGUGGAAGACAGCAGCUGACUAACCCCAUCACCUCUUCAGGAAAUAGCCUCUUUGUGAGAUUUCAGUCUGGCCCUUCUAGACAGAGCAGGGGCUUCCAAGCUCACUUCAGGCAAGUCUGUGGAGGCUACAUCCUCACCGACUCCUUUGAUACAAUAUCCUCUCCAUUGUUCCCUGCCAAGUAUCCAGACAAUCAGAACUGCAGCUGGAUAAUUCAAGCUCAACCCCCAUUCAAUCAUAUCACCCUCUCCUUUACUCACUUUGGACUUGAAAGCAGCACAACAUGCACACAAGACUUUUUAGAAAUUUUGGAUGGCAACUAUGAUGACGCGCCCCUCCGAGGCCGAUAUUGUGGCACCUCCAUGCCCCAUCCCAUCACUUCCUUCAGCAAUGCUCUGACACUGAGGUUCAUCUCUGACUCUAGCGUGAGUUUUGGUGGUUUCCAUGCUACAUAUGCCGCAUCAUCAUCAGCUUGUGGUGGGGACUUCCACAUGGCUGAAGGCACCUUCGACAGCCCUGGCUACCCUGAAGUUUAUCCCUCGAAUGUGGAAUGUGUCUGGAACAUUGUCAGUUCCCCUGGCAACCGGCUCCAGCUGUCUUUCAUAACAUUCCAAUUGGAGGAUUCUCAGGACUGUAGCAGAGAUUUUGUAGAGAUCCGGGAAGAAAAUGCCACCGGUCACCUGGUGGGGCGAUACUGUGGAAACACCCUCCCCCUCAAUUACUCAUCCAUUGUUGCGCACAGCCUGUGGAUCAGAUUUGUAUCCGAUGGCUCAGGCAGUGGCACAGGCUUCCAGGCCACGUUUGCUAACA